UAUUUUAUUUUAUUUUUUUUUUUUAAACGAAGCUGAAAUCACAAUGACUGGUGGCUUCUAUACAACUACAUAUAAUCACUCAACAAUUUCAAAGUUAAUGAGAAGUUUGUCUUGUAGGAUAUUAAAAUGUUAUAGAGAGAUUUUCCCGAGGGAUUUUUAGUUCCGGUCCGGAACGUCACUUCCUGAUAAAAAGCCUGCGCCGAUUACAGAUGCAACGGGGGGAAAUUACGAACAAUCCAGAGAAACAUCAUGUAAGAUUUUUUUUUUAUUAUUAUUAUUAUUAUUAUUAUUAUUAUUUAUUACAGCUUUUAACAUGAAAUGCAUAUAUGGUACAACACUGUUACUGUUAUUUAUAGCUACUGAUACCUUGCCCAUAAUACAAAAACUGCAUAACAUAUCUUAAUAUAGCUAAUAAUGAUAAUAUUUAUUAAAAUUGGAAAUUACAGUUUUCAGUCAUUAAUGUAUUUGUUCUGCAUGUUGAGUAUGUAUAAAUCAUUUGUUGCAUGCAUACUAAAUAUACAUUUAUUUGUUAAUAUUAUUAUUAUUUUAAAUACUUUUACAUUUUUUUUAAAUGUAUUUCUAAGGUGACAUGGGUCGGUCAUUAAAUAAAAAACUGCUGUCAAUGAUUGAAGGACGUCAAACAAAGAGGAAGAAAUUGAAGUUGAUUAAAUGGCUCCAGAAAAAAAAAUUGCUUAAAGCAAAAAUAAAGUGCAAUUUAUGUCAACAUACAAUGAAGCUGACUCAUAAACCCAACAAAGCCGACAACUAUGUUUGGUCUUGUGCACGGAAGGGACAUAAGGGAAGAUUCAAAUCAGUGAGAUGUGGAUCACUUUUUGCCAAGUCAAAGUGUAAUUUAUUCUCCUGGAUGAAGUUCAUAUAUCGGUUUGCUCAAGGCCUUCAGUUGAGACAAAUCGACAUGAUUGAAGACGGCAUUGCUGGAAGCUCACGUACACUCAGCAGCAUGGCCAAAAAGUAUGGACGUGGAAGGUUCGCAAAGACUUGGCGUAGAAGAAAGUGGGUCUUUGGGAUGCUGGGGGUUGCACCAGGAAAUAGCAAGCCCAUUCUAAAACUUGUUCAUCAAAGGUCCCGAAAUCACCUUAUCCCACUUAUUGUACAACAUGUGCAUCCUGGAAGUUCCAUACUUAGUGAUGAAUGGCGUGCUUACAGAGGGGUCCUAACCAAUCUUGGCUAUAAUCACUUUCCUGUGAAGCAUAAUCAGUGUUUUGUAGAUCCAAGAACAGGCAGCCAUACACAGAAUCUGGAAAGAGCAUGGUUAACUUACAAAGGAAAAAUAUGGCGUCUUAGAGGAAAUAGGACAGAGGACCUACUAAAACAACAUCUAAAGCUGAUAGAGUGGACUUAUUGGCUAGGAAACCGACACAGAAAUGGUCCUCUUGGAAGACUGCUGAAGGACAUUAAUCGAAAAUAUCACCUUUAAAACACAAAGCUGAAUAAAUUCCAAAGGUGAUUACUCACUAUUUGUCCAGCCUAACUUGACCAUGCUUGCUCACUCCCAGAUCCUCCUUAUUUUACUCUUUUGAAACACUCAUUAUUUUUUUCUUAUUUUAAAUAAAUCAAAAACACUUUUACACAGUUGUGUAAAUUAAUUUCCAGUUGUCUUUUUAUUGAUUUGUAAUACAUCUAAAUUGUUAUACCACUGUUAUGUAUUGUAAUAAAGAUUAUGAAAAUUUAAGCUUUCACUCAUUUAGAGUUCAAUAAAAUCAAUA